AUGGCAGUCACGGACCUCCAAACCCUUAUCGACUCCCUCGCAUCGGCGACAGCUGUCCUAGCCCAAGAUUCAGACGCCUUCUUGCCCCCUCAAGAUGGAAUAUCCAUGCUAGACUUGAAGAAUGACCUCCUCCUCUCCUACCUGCAAAACCUCGCUUUUCUGAUCCUGUUCAAACUUCGCAAUGGCGGUACAAAGCUAGAAACAGAAGAGGAUGAUGGCUACAAAACCGUAGUUGAAAAGCUGAUCGAACUUCGAGUCUACCUGGAGCGCGGCGUGCGGCCCAUCGAACAGCGCCUGAAGUAUACCAUUGACCAAUACCUACAAGCCGCACACAACCAGAAGCAAGUUCGCCCGGCUCGUACCUCCUCAGGCCAUGUCCGUGACCCCGACGCCUCCGAAGACUCAGACUCGGACUCAGAUGUCCGGGGCAACCCCGCCUUCGACCCUACCAGCACUGCCGAUGAAGCCUCCCAAGCGCCCGGCCUCGCAUCCCUCGCUACCUCACUACAGAAGUCUACCACCGCCGACAAGCCCUCCAAAUCUGCCAGCAGUAACGGCAUCUACAAACCCCCACGUAUCAAUCCAACAGCCAUGCCCUCCCUCGACCCAGAUGCGCGCCCCGCCGCAAACCGCAAACGCACCUCCGCCCUCAUGAACGAGUACAUCGACGACGAGCUCUCCAGCGCUCCGCGAGCCCAGCCCUCCAUCGGCAGCAACAACACCAUCGUCGACCGCGGCCGCGGCGGCGUCUCCCAGCGCGACCUCGAGAAGCAGCGCGAGCGCACCGAGUACGAAGAACGCAACUUCACACGUCUGCCGGGCGAGAGCAAGGCCGAGAAACGCAAGGCCCGGAAGCGGGGCGAGGGUGAGCGCCGGGACAUGUUUGGCGGCGAAGACUGGACUGGCUUGGGCGGACUGGGUGACCGCAUUGGGCGGAGCGUUACGGGUGGAGAGAAGGAAGGGAAGUUGAAGCGGAGGGAAAAGAGGCGGGCUACGGAAGACGCGCCCCGAGGUGACGGGUUGCAGAUUGGAGACAGCUUCGAGAAGAGGCGGAAGGUACUGGCUGGAAGGGCGGAUAGAAGGUCGGGUAAGAGGAGAUGA